AUGGCGAAGAACUUUAGGCGAAGGUUGAAGUAUUUGGUGUGUGCGGUCGUGAGGAUCUGCGGUGGUUGGUGUCUCAACCAAAGAAUAAGACUCUGUGUUUUCGUGAUGUCGCUGAUGUGUGCUUUCUUCACCAUACUAGUCCUAGCCUCGGCAAGCUCCCAUAGCGCGCAGAAUGAGUCGAUGGCAAAAAAAAUAACAUCGCUAGAGGAGAAAUUGAACAACUUUGAAGUCCGAUAUCGAGUAAAACCAGUUACCUAUAACUUUCCGAAAGAGACUGCGCCAUAUCCUCCGGGCUACAGUGAAGAAGCAAUGAACAUGAUACACAACUUGACAGGGACCAGAGUACUGAACGGUUUGCAGCCAAGGUACAUCCACCGCAUGCAGUUGCCGUUUCUCGUCCAAAUUCUGACUCACUUGCUCAAUGACCCGUUUAGCUUAUGGCCCCUUUAUCAUCUCUCCGGCGCUAGACACUACAUGGAUUUUGUCAUCGGAAUACCGACUGUCAAGAGAGAUAAACAGACAUACCUCUUCACUACUUUGACGUAUCUCAUUAAGGCACUAUCAGCGGAAGACAAAAGAUCAGUCGUCAUCGUUAUCUUAGUUGGUGAGCCUGACGUAACUUACAUACUGAAACUGGCUAGACAGAUAGAAAUAAUGUUUCCAAGAGAAAUUAGUGACGGUGUCAUCGAAAUCCUAGCACCAAGUCCGGCUUACUACCCAGAACUUGAGGAUUUGUGUCCGACUCUUGGUGAUUCCCCGAAACGAGCCAUGUGGCGAACCAAACAGAAUUUGGACAACAUCUAUCUUAUGGCCUACGCUAUUAGCAAGGGAGUCUACUAUCUGAUGCUGGAAGAUGAUGUUACAACUAAAAAAGAUUUCUUACCGGAAAUGAAAGGUUACAUUAAGACUACGACUGAAAAGACCCCUCACUGGAUUUUCAUUGAAUUCUGUCAGGUCGGCGCCAUCGGAAAAGUUUUCAGAACAAGGGAUCUACUGCCUUUUGUGACGUACUCACAGAUAUUUUACAGCAACAUGCCCAUAGACUGGCUAUUGGAGAGCUAUUUGGCCGAUCGUGUCUGUUCUAUUGACAAAAAGUCUAAAUCGUGUGCUGAAAGCAAACUCCGCGUCCGACCACGGUAUAAGGUCUCGCUGUUCCAGCACAUCGGUGUAUACUCCUCGCUGCAGGGAAAGAUACAGAAGGUUCAGGACCCGCAGUUUGGCAAGGUCCAGUCGUAUUUUCCACACCAGAAUCCGCCAGCGCAAAAGAUCACGACAACAAUCGAGGAUUACUACCAGCACAGUAUCCAGAACGCUUAUGAGGGAAUCGAUUUUUUCUGGGGCAAAAAACCCAAGAAAGGAGAUACUCUAGAGUUUUGGUACGGAAGACCACUGCAGAUUAAAAGGGUUACGUUCCGGAGUGGGAAUGCUGAACAUAUCACGGAUCAGUUUUACAACACCGUUGUAGAGGUUUUACCGGCUUUCGGGGACAACAACUUCACUACUAUCCUGCACUUCGAUGAAUUUGGACUAGCAGACGGCGACGUGGAGGAGGAAUUCUCUCUGGUCAAAGCGAUCAGACUGAGAGUUAACGCGGAUAGCAAGUAUUGGGUCAUCUUGAGCGAGAUUUACAUUCAGACACCGGACGAAAAGAAAACUUGAAUACUUCGAUCUUUUUCCGUUUUGCUUGUCGAGCCGUCUAGGACUAGAAGAUACUCCAUCGGCCGAUACACGUAGCUUAAGGUAGC